AUGUCACUAAACCAAGAGCCGAUGAUAGCUCAACUUGAGACAGUAUCUGACUGGAUUACAAAAUUAGAAUACCUUCAAUCACUGAAACUGAAAUCUAGAGAUGAAAAAGGUCGACCUUGGACUUUACACAUGAAAUCCUUCGAAAAUAAUGCAUAUCUCACGGACAUGUAUUUGCUGGGAAGCUUGAGCAGUACAUCUAUUGUGUCCCAAUUUCCACUAAGCCUAGUUGAACUUACCCUAUCACAUUCAAAACUACAGGAUGAUCCCAUGAUACUUUUGAAAGAUUUUCCAAAUCUUCAAACACUGUGUUUACUUGCAGAGUCAUACACGGGAACAACUAUGGUUUGCAAAUCUCAUAGCUUUCCGCAGCUUCAUGUAUUAAAAGUUUGGAAGCUGGAGCAAUUAGAGGAAUGGAAGAUAGAGCCAGAAACACUCCCUUGUCUCAGACAACUCGAAAUCAGAUCCUGUUGCCAAUAUAUUUAA